AUGGAUUACUUCUUAUACACCACUUGUACUUACAUCAAGCUACAGUUUAAUAUACUGAAGACGAAAUUUGAAAUGAUGUUCACGCCUUCGAACAGCAUAUCUCAAGAACCAGAUGAUGUAAUUACACUGGCAGAAUUUCAUGUCAAGCUUGAAGAAUUGGUGACGUGGCAUCAAGAAUUAAUUAAAGCAGUUGAUAUGCUUGAAUAUAUUUUUACCAAGGCAACUUUGUACAAUAUUUCAGCGAGUUCACUAAUGAUAUGUUUGGCAUUGUUCAACGCUUCGAGCGUUGAAAUAACUGAAGGCGUAUACAAUAGUAAAUGGUAUCUGAUGGAUGCUUCAGUUGGGAAACAUCUGUUACUGGUGAUGAUGAGAUCUCAAAAGAAGUGCAAAUUAACUGCAUUUGGUUUCGCUGACAUCGACCUGAAUGUUUUUAUGAGGAUACUGAGAAGCGCUUGGUCCUACUUCGCUCUAUUAAAAACAUUCUAUCCUUAA